GGGCCACCGUUGCCAAUAGCCGCGGGGAGGCGGGGAGCCAAGGGGCAGGGGUCAGUGCCCGCGGGGUGGCGUGAGCCCGGACUCCUGGGUUCUCUCCCCGGCUCGGGGAGGGGGAGGCCGGGAGCUAGGACUCCUGGGUUCUCUCCCCGGCUCGGGGAGGGGGAGGCCGGGAGCCCGGACUCCUGGGUUCUCUCCCCGGCUCGGGGAGGGGGAGGCCGGGAGCCCGGACUCCUGGGUUCUCUCCCCGGCUCGGGGAGGGGGGCUGGUAUCAGUCUCCUCAGGGCUGGCAGUUCUCCAGGCCGGAGGACACGGUAGCGGGGGCAUCGCCAGCCCCGUCCCCGGAGCAGAGCCCAUGGCCUCCCAGACGGACAAGUCCCUGCUGUCGGCAGAGCUGGAGGAGGAAGACGAUGAGGAGUUCAGACAGCUGCUGCUCCAGGCCACCCAGAAGAUCCAGAGCGCGAUGCCUUCAGUGCGUGACUUGAAACCGAUCCAGCCUCAGCCUGGCUUCUGCAUUAAGACCCACGCGGGCUCCCAGGAGAAGGUGUUUGUGAACAUCUGCCGGUCGCUGGACAUCCCGCCGCCCCCCGACCUCAGCCGCCAGGAGCUGGAGUGUCUGAUUGAGUCGGACAGCGCCUCGUCCUUCCGCAUCCCCAUGAGCCUGGGGGAGCCUCACGCCGAGCUGGACAACAGCGGGAACGGCUGCACCGCGUACGACGUGGUCAUCAACACCGGCUUCUUCAGCAAAGUUGAGGCUGACCCCUUCUUCAAAGAGUUCUUCAUCACGGUAGCCCUGGAGGGGCUGGCAGAGAAGUACAAGAUGGACAUCAAUCACCCGGAGUGGCGAAUCCUGAAGAACCGGAAGUUCAUGGGCUCCAUCUCGGGACAGACCAUCCGCACCAAGUCCAGCCCUGUUAUACAGGAGAUGGACUUCAGUUCCCCUGUGCUCCCCAAAUUCACCAUCCUGGCGGAGCCGGCGGGAGGGCCCCCCGAAUUCCUGCUGGCUGAGAUCCACCUGCCCAGAGUGGGCUCGGCACGGGAGCUCUCCCUGGAGCUGGGGCAGGACCGGGUCGUGCUGCGUGGGGGGCCGGGCCCCUACGUCCUCGACAUCUACAUCCCCCACGACAUCGUCCCGGAGCGCAGCCACGCCCGCUUCCACCGGCGCACCGCGGUGCUGACGGUGAAGAUGCCCGUCCAGCCCCAGCUGGGGCCCCCCUGAGGAGACCCCCCGCUCUGCCCACAGGAGAGAAUCCAGGAUCCGGAGUGGGGGGCCCCCCACCAGACCAAGGGGGAGCCGGCAUGUGGGGGGUUGGGGCUGCGAUCCCCAGCAGAAAACCAGGACUCGUGGGUUCUUUCUCCAGCUCUGGGAGGGGAGUAGGGUCUAGUGGUUAGAGUCGGGGGGGCAGGGCUGGGAGCCAGGACUCCUGGGUUUGUCUUUCUAGCUCUUGCUCCUGGCGUGCCCAGAGAUCAGCUGUCCGUGGGGGGGGCCGGGACCCUGCUGCCCUGGUAUGGGGAUGGGGUGGGGGCAGCUGGCUCGGGGGGCUGGCUCGUGCCCUGUCAAAUCUGCACCCGAAGGCGCGCAAUAAACGGUGCGACGGAAA